AUGAAACUCUGUGUAAUAGGAAGUGGAGCAGCAGGUCUUGCAGGAGCAAAACAUGGAAAACAUUUUGGCUAUGAGGUUACAGUUUUUGAACAAUCAAAUCAAGUUGGAGGUACGUGGGUAUAUGAUGAAAACAUCGGUAAAAAUAAAUAUGGAAUUGAUACCCAUUCGAGCAUGUACAAAGGAUUACAUACAAAUUUACCAAAAGAAAUAAUGGGCUAUCCAGAUUUUCCGAUACCAGCACAACAAAAUUCAUAUAUUUCAUCAAAUGAUAUGCUUGACUUCUUAAAUCUUUACACUGAUAAUUUUAAAAUUCGUGAACUCAUAAAAUUUGAACAUCAUGUUUUAAGAGUUCGUCCACUAAAGGACGAUACAUGGGAAGUUAUUGUAAAAGACUUAAAGAAAAAUGAAUACAAUAUCUUCAAUUUCGAUGCAGUUCUUGUUUGUAGUGGACAUUAUCAUACUCCAACUUAUCCCAUAUUUAAAGGAGCUGAUAUUUUCAAGGGAAAACAAAUUCAUUCGCAUGACUAUCGUUGUCCUGAUUUAUUCAAAAGUGAAAAUGUUUUAGUUAUUGGAGGUGGACCUUCAGGAUUUGACUUAGCGAAUGAAAUAUCCAAAAAGGCAAAUCGAGUAACUCUUUCUCAUCAUUUAAAGGAACCACCAAAAACAGUAUUUCAAUCAAAUGUCGAUCAAAAACCAGAUGUUUUGUACUUGCAAGAGAAUAAUGUUGUUUUUAACGAUGGAACAUCCCAGGCUUACUCAGUAAUUUUUUACUGUACGGGUUAUAAAUAUACAUUUCCAUUUUUAUCAGUCGAUUGUGGAAUUGCAUGUGAUGAUAAUUUUGUACGACCUUUAUAUAAACAUUGCUUAAGUAUUAAUCGACCUUCACUUGGAUUUAUUGGCUUGCCAUUUUAUGUUUGUGCAACUCAAAUGUUCGAUUUGCAGGCACGAUUUUGUCUUAAAUUCUUUAGUAAACAGAAAGAAUUACCUAGUAAGGAGAAAAUGUUGCAAGAUUUCCAUAAAGAGGUAAAUGAACGUGUUGCAAAAGGAUUUAAGAAACAUCAGUUUCAUAUGAUGGGCCCUGAACAGAUUAAAUAUUAUGCUGAUCUAGCUGAAGCGGCCGAAAUUGAACCUUUGAAACCUGUAAUCACCAAAUUGCAUAAUUGGAGCUCUAAAAGAUUUCUUGAUGAUCUUACAAAUUUCAGAAAAGACGUUUUUCGUAUAUUAGACGAUGAGACAUUUAUUAAAGUUCAAUAA